GAGUUUGCAAGGUGCCAGAACACCAGAUAAUUGCCAGAUCCUGCCAAGACCGCAUCCCCCGUCUCCCCAGAUUCGUCCGACUCACGUUCAUGGCGAACCAAGACGACGACGACUUUUUUGAAAUAGUCGACUACACGUCAGCCUCCCCUUUCGAGUAUCUUGUAUCAUCCAUUGAGCGGUUGAUCUCACUCUGGAACCUAGAUAACGAUGCCGUGGGAGAAGGAAUAUCCCCAGUCAAACAAGAAUAUCUAAGCUUUGGGGAAACGGAAUGUCUCCUCACAUACCAUCACCACGAAUGUACUCACGAUUUUCCCCUCACAACCGCAACCAUGACACCUCUCCACCGCUGGACUGGCCUAUCGAGUCUGCUGACACUCGUACCUACCAGGACAUCAUCCCGAGCCGCACUGGGUCUGAGCAUGACAAACAUGUUAUUAUCAGCUGGUGCCAUAGCAUUGCAAAAUAGUAACUGUUCUGUUCCUGUUUUCGUACCAACGGGCCCGGAAUGGAAGAACAUGUUUGCGGGAACAGGGCGCGAGGAGAGACGGUGGAGGAUGAUCCAUGCCCCAUAUGUCCCACCGCAAUAUUCUGAGCUUGAAAGUCUCGUAGAACUCGUGCAGGAAAAAAUGGAACAAGGUGGUGCGCAAGGUCCGUUGACGGUAUCGAUGGCGCUGUCCUUCCAAAUCGUCAUUGAAGAGGACGAGAUAGAAUGGCGAGAAUACAUUAGCACCCCGGACACUGUUGCCACAGACUUGACUGAUCAUGCGGAUGAAGAAGAGGACGGAACCGAAAUUAUUACACUCCCUUUCGGACCUGCCUCUAAUCCUGUUCGAAGUAUAACGCUCGAAGCACUCUUUCCGGCUAAACCACCGCAAAAUUAUAUUGGCGAGGUGGAUCCAUGGUCCACGGAUUGGAGAGUCAGUCUGGAUGUACAGGAGCCUCCUGGUGAUGGGCUUCUAAGUGGCAUUUUGAAAAGGGCUAUGGACGCGUCGAAGGAGUCGAGAAUAGUUGCAGACACCUUUUCCGAAAGUGAUGAGCAGAUCCCUGGACGUAUCAAAAGUGUGGCUCAGGUUGGCGUUGAAGCGAAAAGGGCCUUAGUUGAUAUGAAUGAUAUUGAAGACGCAAUCCAAGCAUUGUGGAGAUCAGACACUCAACCGCCCGCGACUCAACCUACACCACCGAGGGCGAAUGUUCCCAGCACCGCAAGUCUAAUAUUCCAAGCUCAAUUGCCAGUAUAUGUCCCCCAGUUCAGCCUUCUCUGGAAUCUUUCCUUACGCCUGCUCGAUGCCGUAUCUCCAGAAUCAUGUCUUCGGUUUGAUGCGGGCAUGGGACCGAUGCUAAAAGGUCUUUGGCCGGAACUCUGUCGAGAAUUUCGAAUGUGCUGGGACGUCGGCAUGCCUAUCCCUGGUGUUUGGGCUGGUGAGGAAGGUGUGGAGCUGAAAUGGAAUAUAUUGUACCAAAAACUGCAGAUGCUGAAUUGGUGUAUCAAGGUCAGACGAGAAAGGGGUGGCUAUGACACACAGAUUGACGUGAGCGAGAAACAGCAGGAGAAAGAGGAGAACGAGGAUGGGGGAAAGCAAGAAGAGCAGGUGCACGAGAGCUCAGUAUUAUCGCUGUCGCAGCGUGUCAUGAAUUCUUUAACGGCGGCUGUUACGAGUCUGGAUCCUGGAAAUUCAAAGUCUUCCACCUCUGCGAAUGAGAGUACCCUUGUGAGAUUAUUUGAACGACUCACAUCAGAUGAUACGUCCCUGUCCAAUGGAGAUGCAGCGAACAUGCAACAGCCACAGGUAAAUCGACCUACACCACCACCACCACAAAGAGUUAUCACGCCUCGUGGGCAUCCAGCCUUAGAAGCGACAAGCUGGGGUAGUGAUCGAAGUUGGGAAGACAUCAAGAAACGGGAGAUGGCCACAGGAAGUCAGGGCAGCGGUGGAGUGAUAGUUGGGUCAUUGGGUGCGCGAAGCUUCGGCUCUUUCGAAGAAGCCGUCGACAUGGCUGAUUUGAGUGCUGAGAUAGAGUCCCAGCCAAAACAUCAUCCUGACGACACUGAUGGAGAUGAAAUCUUUUUUGACACUAUGGAGGAUAUUGAUGUCGCUUCACCACACCACGAGCGACGCACCGCUUCAAAACCUCCUAUACCGCGGAGCGAGAUCAGCAGCAGCUGGGAGCGUCCCAAGCCCUUCCUCACUGAUUCCUUCAUUACAAUCCCAUCAUCCGCAUCGCAAGAACGCAUUGGAGACAAAGCGCCCCUCAAGAUUUACCUCCUCUCAGAUCCUACAACUCCCAUUUAUGAACCCCACCUCCAGCAUCCAGGUCCAAUGACAGAAGAUAUGAUCCAAAAUCUGCAAUCACAUCUAUCAGCCCUUGGCACGACUCACGAAGCCGCAAUCGAGCGAAUGCGAAUACAGUCUCGGCAGCUGAAGAGUGAUAUGGAAGCGUUCAAGGCUGCGAAUCCUGGAUGUGGGCUGGAGGAUUUUGUGAGAUGGUAUUCGCCACGGGAUUGGAUUGAUGAGGGGGAAGGUGGGGGAGGAUUGAGUGGGCGGAUGAAAGAACCUGGGAAUUUGUGGGUAGAGAUAUGGAAGACUUCCUUGCCCAUUUCUGCUGACAUGCAAGCACCUCUCUUUGACCACACUCAAGUUGCCAACCAAGUCCUUUCGUAUCUGGACUCACUAUCCCCGUACAAUGUUCUCACGAUUCUUCUCCGGACUAUGAUCCUCAUUGUCUACUCUACGCUCUCAACACAUCCACUGGUAGCUCGAAUACCUUCACUUGAAACCGCUGUACGACAGUUAGCGAAUGUGAUUGACGAUGAGGAGGAAUUCUUUAAAGAGGCAAAAAGAAUAGAGUUGAUGCUGGGCGUCGCUGUUGCCAGUUGGUCAAAGUUCAAGGACGAUGAUCUUAUCAACACGUUUUUGGAGUCCCCACUAUACUCCCACAUUUUUGCACGAGAGGAAAACACAGGGACCGACUCCCCACGACAUGUAGUAGGGAGAGUAUUUACCCAAGAUCGAAUACCGUCAUCCUUUCCCAACCCGCAAUCCCGUGAAUACAUCUUUUGGAAAGAGGGCCGGAGAAAAGCAUAUGCCGUGUUGCGAGGCGGGGAGUUUAGGGUUGUGGAAUGUGAUUUCUAACAAGUGUCAUUUGGACAUUGACUUCCCGCGUGAUUUGGCCUUACAAAACUUUUGGAUUGCGUGAAAGUACAUAUGCGAAAUAUCCCGCUCGUAUGGCAAACUAGAUCACUACACAAUUGCACAAUUGCCAAUGUUCUUUAAAGC